AUGGGGAAUGGGAUGAACAAGAUCCUGCCUGGCCUGUAUAUUGGCAACUUCAAAGAUGCCAGAGAUGCAGAACAGUUGAGCAGGAACAAGGUGACCCACAUCCUAUCUGUCCAUGAUAGUGCCAGACCCAUGUUAGAGGGGGUUAAAUACCUGUGUAUUCCAGCAGCGGAUUCACCAUCUCAAAAUCUGACAAGACAUUUCAAAGAAAGUAUUAAAUUCAUUCACGAGUGCCGGCUCCGGGGAGAGGGCUGUCUUGUCCACUGCCUGGCCGGUGUCUCCAGGAGUGUGACUCUGGUGAUCGCGUACAUCAUGACCGUCACUGACUUUGGCUGGGAAGAUGCCCUGCACACUGUGCGUGCAGGCAGGUCCUGUGCCAACCCCAACCUGGGCUUCCAGAGACAGCUCCAGGAAUUUGAGAAGCAUGAAAUGCAUGAGUACCGGCAAUGGCUGAAGGAGGAGUAUGGAGAGAACCCUUUGAGGGACGCAGAAGAAGCCAGGAACAUUCUGGCCACACCAGGCGUUCUGAAGUACUGGGCCUUUCUCAGAAGACUGUAA